CCUCCUGACUCGGGGCAGCACACCCGGCUGCGCCAGGCCGCCUUUGGGCCUCCCCGGGGGCUUCCUUUGCGCUGGGGCCGGCCUCAGCCCGCCCUCGGCUCGGGAGUGGAGCGUCCUCCUGCUCCUGCAGUGCGGGUCCGAGGGCUCCUUUCUCCCUCGAGCAGAAGUCCCCCCCUCCCCCAGGGUGCCCGAGGCUCAUCCAGGCCCUAGCAUGCAGUCAUGAAGAUGUGGGAGCUGUUUUUUUCUAAACCAUCUUAGGUCAGAGAAUGAGUCGUCAGCCCAAAAUCCUGAACCUGCAAUUGCCUCGUUGGAGUCCAAGGCUUUGCCGUGCAGAGGCCGCAGAUUGGAUUACCGAUAAAUACAGGCUCUGUAGAGAAUUCCAGAAAAGAGGAUAAUGCAUCAGAGGACCAGGAUGUGGCCAGACCUGGUGAGACGCUUGCUGACCAGAUACAGCCCCUUAAGGAGCAGAGAACCCCAACUCACAUAAAUACGAUGUUGAAAAUUGCAGCAAGAUUCAUACGGCUUUUUUUGAAACGUUGGAAUAUUGGUCGGUUAGCUGAGCCCAGAAGUUAUCCAAAGGAAGCCAUAGUGCAGAUGACCAACUACCGUGUGCCUCAAGGACCAGGUGAUAUUGUUAUGAUACAGUCAGAACACACAGGUGCAGUGGAUAUCCUCUCCGCAGAGCUGGAGACUGCAGACCUCCUCGGUGAGCAGAGGAAAGCUCAGCCGCCACCUCUGGCUCCAGCCUCCACUUGGACCACUUGCAAGAUGAAGGAAUUCAAGACCAAAAUGGGAAAGGAGAAGAAUGGUCGGAUGGUGGUGAAACGGGGUGAGGUGGUGACGGUCCGGGUGCCAACCCACCCUGAUGGGAAGCGUGUCUGCUGGGAGUUUGCAACAGAUGACUAUGAUAUUGGCUUCGGGGUCUAUUUUGACUGGACUCCUGUCACCAGCACUGCCAUUACUGUGCAGGUCAGUGAAUCAAGUGACGAAGAAGAUGACGAGGAAGAGGAGGAGAUUGAAGGACUCACCCCAGUUGGAGAUGUGGAAAGGGGCUCCAAGAGCUAUCUGCGAAACCGCUAUGGUGAGAUCAUGCCUGUGUAUCGGAGGGACAGCCACCGUGACGUGCAGGCAGGCAGCCAUGAUUAUCCAGGCGAAGGCAUCUACUUGCUCAAAUUUGACAACUCCUACUCCCUUCUGCGCAACAAGAUCCUGUUCUUUCAUGUAUAUUACACCAGCUGAGGGAGUAGAGGGGGCAAGGACAGCAGGCAGGUAACAGUGAGCAAAGCAGGCUUCCACCCAGGACUGGUACCCAUAACUGCCGUCAUCAUGUGGCUAAGUCUGAGGCAAGGCUCUGCCUGCUUCUCUUGGAUACAAAGCUUUCUCCCCUGCUUCACCCCAGCUUGCCCUGAAUGAGAGGGUAGCUGUGGCUGCACAGGGGUCAUUUUAGGGAUUCCAUCAAUUUAAUGAUAGCCUGCAAGUGCAGAGGAAUGGACUCAAUGACCCAGGAUCCCCCUCCCUGUACUAUGUUCCAGAAGCCACUCUUGUGCAAGGAUCACUGGGACUUCUUAUGAUAGCCAGGACAUUGUCAAAGGUCAAAUUCAGGUAGUUAAAGUUUCUGUUGCACUGGUAUGAAGGGAAGCUGAGAGAUCCUUCUGCCCCCCUCUAGCUGUAUCUGGAACCACCAGGAGACAACUGCCAACCACAUUUUGCUAAGAGAAAAGCACCUGUUGGGUAGUUGCUUUAUACUUGCAUCCUUUUAGCACUGCUGCACACCAUCACUAGCCAGGUGGCAAUUAAUUCCUGUGUGGGGGUUCAUCCUGUCCACGCAUGCCAACUACAGCCCGUAUUCUUUGUCCCCAUUUAUGAUUAUGCUCAUGCCACAACUGUUAGGCCCAAGGCAAGAGCCUGGUAGUUGUGUAGUGAGCAUUAUAAGAGGCCUGUGCCCAAACUUUGCAGAGGGAAUAAAUCCUUGUGGGUCAGUUGAAAAAUUUCCCAUGGGAAGAGGAAAGCAGGAUGACUAGGGAGUUAGAUACUAGAUCUUCCUGACUGGGGAGACAUGUAAACAGCUAAAACUUAGAUCAUUUGCAAUAGUUUAUCUCUAACUUGGGGAAAAAGGAGUGAUUGUGUUAGGCAAGUGCAAAACUGUUAGAGCCCAGGCUAACACAUCCCAAAAAGACUUGGACACACAGGAAAGUCAGCCACAUCUAUGCUUGCUUUGAGUCGGUGAACCCCUGAGACCAUUGCUAACCCAUAACACAUUGUAUGGACUGCAGCUCCUUUCAAUACCGCUGGUACCUUGCAGUGGUUAACAGUGGCAUUAAUGGUCACCCUCUGUGCCAGUCAUGGCAACAGGGAAAAUGAGGAUCAAAAUAAGGUUUCAACAGAUACACUUUAAAAUAUCUUUAUUUGGUAAAUCUUUUAAGAUUUUGAAUAUGUAUUUGAUGAUUAUUUAAGAACAUUCCUGUUUAAGGAUGCUCUUGCAGUUGCACUUCGGUGCCUCUGUCUGCAGAUGCUGAAUGAUUUUUUUGCAUAAUUUUGGGAUAUUUCCAGCCAGUCUGUCUUGAAAAGCCCUUUAGGUAAUGUCCUUCUGUGCAGAUACAUUGCCCUCUGUAGACAGGGGGAAAGCGAAGACUUAAUUUCAUAAAAGGUGCAGUCAUUCCCUAGUUAUGCCAUACUCAGCAUUCAGGAAAGUACUGUGGAUUCUCAGGCCCUUCUUUUAAUAUGCUCUGUCUACUUAAGUCAGUGAUUCUCAUCCAAGGUGCCAUGGCACCCUGGAGUGCCUUGAGAUGCUUUCAGGGGUGUCAUGGGGUGCCACACACUUAGCACCAUUAGGUGUGCAAACAUGAUUCACAAGAUAAACCUAGAGACUUCAACUAGGAAUUAUUGGUAUUAAAACCAUUCUGACCUGCUGUGGGGUCUUUUUGAGCUCCUGGAAACAGAAAAAUUGCUCUAUUUUUCGGUAGUCAAAAAAUGAAAUGAGUGAAAACCUAAGAGCUGGCAUUUUCCAAGGGGGGCCUUGAGUCCAAAGAGAGAUAGAUGUCUCAAGUGUAAAACUGUUGAGAACCACUGUCUUAAGUACUCUCGGUUGGUGGGUAGGUCAGAGGCAGGCAUACAGUUGAGCAGCCUAUGCCAAAUCACUCGGGUGGGCACCAGGUUUAUCUAGCUGCAGGAUUAAGCGAAGGGCAGAACUAUUGCUGUUUUAAAGAAGCAGCAGCCUGCUCAUUAGUCUUAAGAGUGAAGGCAGAAGAGGGCAGCUGAUUUCCUUUUUGCAGGGUGGGGGAAGGGGGGGCAUAAGCCCAGUUCAGGAAAAAACUGAUGUAAAAUGCAGCUGCCUUACUGCAGCAGGGGCUCUGCAAGGAGGGGCAGUGACAGGCAUUGAUGCAUUUCAGAUGGAGGCCCUGCCUUGCCCUGUGGCAUAGGCAGUGGUCCCUUCAACCCCAGCAUGGCAGCAGUCUGGUGUGGGCCCCUCCCACAGGCCCAGUGCAACUGAGAAAGGCCCUUCUGCAUUCCAUCCACCUCAGGUUUUUUUUUCUAAACAAACACAUAGAUAGACCUUUCACCUUCCACAAACAGCCAGUAUAUGACAAUAAAUCUCAGUGCUGCUGUCUAUAGCAACUGCUGAAUAUCUGACCUUGUGGAGGACCACACAUGCACUUGGGAGCAGUCUAAAAUAGGACCUUAGUAAAGAAGGGAAUUAGCUUGUGCAUGCUUAGGUACUCGAGAGUUGGUACCCUUGAUUCUCUGUUAUCAAGCUAUAGUGUGGGCUAGUUUGUUAGCAGCAUCCUCAGGAUGAACUGUUCCCCUUAGGCUGUGUUCCCUCUCUCACCCGUCAGCUGCUUAUUUUUCCAUGGAUCAUUAUGCUAGCCAUUUGUUAAGAACAUGAUCAUGAAUGUUUGUUUGAUUUAUGCACUUUAUUUUUUUGUAGUUCAGCCAAUAAGAGCUGCCUCAGUCAUUUGGACAGCUGAGAUCAUUGAAAGCAAACAGUGUGUGUAGACUAAGCAGACCAACUGCUUGGUAACUAACAGCUGCUGUUCCAAAGGGUCUUUAGCAAAGGUAGACUGUUCAGUGAAUGGAAAUCCCAGUGUUCAGUCCUGGCUGUCUGAAAUGGGGAUAGAUCUUUCAUCAGUACUUCCAGUUCAUUCAUCAGACUUGCUCCCUUCUUGUUACCUUGUUGGCUGAAGUCAAAUGGUAUCUUCAUAUAGGGUGUGUAAUUCCAACCUGCUGUAGGUGCCGAUCAUGUUACCUCAUUGUGCCUGUAGGCACAUCUGCUGCAUGAUAGAGCAAAAAAGGCCUUGAUACUCUUCAUUUUAAGAUUUUACUGAAGUAGUUGGUAUUUUCUCUAAGCACAAUAGAGUUUUAGGCAUGUAAUAAUUCGUCUACAAUACAGAAAAGCUUCACAACUACACUAAAUAAGUUAAACCUGUCUAGUCCUUUAGUGUUCAAAUUAUGUAAACACUGUUGUGUUACCUAGGUACCAAAUGAAAUAAUUUGGGUGACUGAGAGAGAACACUUUUCUUUGGAAGGGUUUGCAGUUCUUAUUAACUCCUAGUAAAACUAGUAAUUCAUCCUUUGAUUUUGAUGAUGCCUUUCUACUUCAUGAAAGUAUCUGAUUGGCAUCCUUGCUGUAUGGCUUCUGCCUAAUCAGUUACUUUUAUUCAGCACAUGGCACAGAAAGCAUAAUUAGUUCAAAGGCAUAAUGUCUCUUUUUUCUCCACCUUGCUCAGAGAGAACUUCCUUUUUACUUUUAAGGGUGUACUUGAGACUUUCAAUUUCAGGCAUGAAAAGCCAAGUCCAAGAUAAAAACUGAGUUUUGAAAGUGAUGUUAAACAUCAUGUUUGCUUAAAGAAAAAACUGCCUUAGUUUAUCAGGGGUGAAAGUUUGAAGUGAUUUAAAGCUGUUUCUUUCUAGCCCCAAAUUUUGGGAGAAGAAAGAGAGACUGGAACCAGAAAGUAAAUAGACUUCUGUUGUGUUUGGCAAACUGGGGACUAGUUUUUAUGACUGAUCACAACAUUGUUUUUCCUCCUUGGGUAAGCACCUGCUUUGUGAAUGUAAUGUGGCUUUGGGAGUAAUAUUUACGUACUAGCUUUAGUAGCACGAUCAGUCAAGAGAGUGAGAAGACUUUAAUUAUUUUAAGUGUUCAACGAUAAUUACUUAAAUACUCCCUAUCAGGCUGUGAUGAGAUGAAAAGAAUUACUCAUAGAUACUGAUUGAUCAAGAAUUACUGAUGGAUCUUACUGAUAGAUCAAGAAGUACUCAUAACUCUCCUUUCUUUGGUGAAGUUUGUUGAGAACAGUAGAAAUCAGAUAGUGUAUUUCAUGUAGGUCACAGAAUGCAAACCUUGAGGCCCAGUUUCUACUUAAAUUGGAAGUCCAUGGAUGUUUUGCCAUUGGAAUCCUUAGAACAGGGUCAGGACCUUGGUUCUCAGGCUGUUUUGAAGGCUGUUAAGGGUGUUUGUGUCACUUCUGAGCUAGAUGCAUAUCAAUGUUGAGGCCUACUUAAUUUUGUGUUAUUGCAUUGGUAAAAAGUUUUCCAAAUGUUAUAGGUGGGAAGAAAAUGCACAUGUAGGCCUAGGGGAGAGAUUAGAUUUUUGUUUUUGGACACCUUGGGAAGCAAAGAAGAGUUUCUCAGUACCCUGUUUAUUCUAGAAACUACGGCAACUCCUAUCUUUCUAACUAUAUGCAUUGUGUUUGCUUCCUUUUCUGACUGUGCGAGAGUGACCCACUUGGUUGCAUAAGUUACUUCUAAGGGGUCAGCUAUAGAAAUGGUGGCUAGACGUGGAGUUGGGGAGGGGAUAGAAGAGAGCAUGUCUUGUCUAGUAGCUCUACCUUGGUGGUUCUGGAAGAAGAGCUCUUCUGUCCUCCACCCCAGCACUCUGCAAAGAUCUCUGCACUUGUCCACUUGUAUCCCAGGUGUUCCUCUGCCCUCUCCCUCUCAAAUAAGCCAAUCUCUAAGGAUUUAUCACACAGUGCCUUAGGAACAAGAAGUGUCUGAAACGAGCCAUAGACCUCCUCAUUUAUUUGAAUUAGGGCCCUGCUUGCAAAGUUGUCCUCCCUGCCUUCUCUGCCCUGUUCCUAAAGAACCUCCUGAAGAUGGCUUAUGAGGUUGGGGAUUCCAUAGGAUUUGUUCUUGGAGAAGAACAAAUCCUAUCUGCUCUGACUGCCUUAACUGUAUUACUUUGCAUCAUGUAAUAGAGCUGGAAGCCUGAAUUUUCCAGUACUAUGGGAUCUUUGGCUUUAAAAGGUGUCUCUGCUAAUUUAAGUUAUGCAAAGGGUUUUGUUCUCUUGAGGGAGAUGCAGACCUUUGUGCCAAGCCUAAGUAGGGGUUGUGACCAUGCUAACCCAUCAUAAAUAGCAGACCCCUGCAGCCAUUCAGCACUUCUAAGCUAUCCAAAUCAACAGUUGUAGUCAGUGUGCUGUUGUGUACUACGGAACAGAUAAGCAACGGGUGAAGUGAGCUUGGGCUCACCAAAGCUUACAUAUAUCUCUCUCUCUGAUUUCGUUAGUCCAUGGGUAUCAAAGAUCUAGCCCACAGUGCUGCUGGCUGCAGUGCAGAACGUAUUGAAACUGGCUCAUGUGGCAAGCAGAGCCUGUCUGUGACACGCUGCAUACAGUGCCCAUGUCAAACCAGAUUUGUGUGUCGGAGCCAGUGCUUUUCUGGGUUGGGAGUGCCCAUGCUGGAUCCAGGGCGUGCCCUAGACUGGCCCUGUGUGCUGCGUGCUUCUCUGAGCUGGAGCUGGUGUAUGCUGCACACAGCAGGGAUCCAGGGCUGGCCUGGAUUGGGCCCAUGGACUGGCUCUGCAUGUCAGGGCCAGCAUGGGAACCACGUGCAGUGUGUGCCCCAGACCAGUGCCACAUGCCAUGUACCCCACACAUGGCUGGAGCAGGCAUGUGCUACGCACAGUGCAUAGAGCUAGAGCUGGCAAGUGCCCCGCAAGCAGCAUGCUCAGAUGGUCCAAGGCAUGCACUGCAUGCGGUGCCUGCACCAGCUCAGCCCUGCAGACUGGCUCCGUGCCACUCAUCCGGUCCAGGGGUUGAAUGAAUUUGAUAUCCCAGAGUUAGUUUAGAGGGUGCAAAUCUACGCUGCCUUUUUCCUGACUUUGAACUAAUAUGGCUAACUACCUCUCACUAGGUGGGGGACCAGAGCUGCAAAAUACCUCUGAACUUUAGCUGCAAGGGCAGGUAGUUGGUUAUACCUUUCAGAUGUGAUGGAACCUUGGGCAUGGGCUGUAUCCAGAAUCCAUGUUACAGGUUUACUGGGGGUAUCCAAAGAACUUGAGUAGGGUCAAAUUGAAAACUGAGUAAAAGAAACACUUUCCCAUGGUUUAAUCAGACUAUGUAACUCAUUGCUCUAUGAGGCCAGUAAUUUAGCAAGAUACAUAUGGGUAACAGUACUUAGUGCUGCCCUAGACAUUUUUAACUAAUAGUUUUAGACAUUCCCUGCAUCAAGGCUCAAACCAAUCUACUGCAAAGCAGGUAUGAUCUGGCCUGGUCCCAUAUGGUGGAUCCCAUGUGCAGGGCUGGCCCCAAGCACUGGCGUAGUCUGGUGCAUGGGGCCCUGUUAUCUGGACUGUGUAGUUCUCCAUGGCUUGGGAAAUUUGUUGUUGGGGGGAGUGGUGGCAGCAUUCAUUCCUACAUCCCUGGGAGUGAUUAAUGUUACCACCACUUCCCUGUCAUCAUGUUUCUGGACCUGUGGAGAGCCCCACCUGGCUGGGUGAUACAGCUCCUCAGGUUGGAUCUGACCCAUGGGCCAUAAAUUGAGCACCACUGCUAUAAGGUGUGGGGAAGAAAUUUCCCUGAGGGACAAACUAUCUCACACUUGCUCACUACAGAGUUACUGUAGAAGAAGGUUAGAAUAGUCAGCUGCUGGCCAUUGAAGAUGGAAUACUGGUCUAGGUGGACUGAGUGUCUGAUAUUUGGCACUUCCCAUGUUACUUUCUGGGACUUACCUGCUAUUCUCCCAGAAGUAUUGGCUUAAGGACUGUGCACUUGUUCGCAGGCAAGAAGUGAAAUGUUUGGAACAAGAAUCACAAAUUCUAUCUGGUUUGUGCCCAUCUGGAAUGAGGAAGUUUGGUCCCUGGACAAGGAGUGUGGUGCCAGAUACUGACCACUAAGCCUGGAGCUGAGGAAGCUUUCCCAAGCUACAAAGCAGUCUCCUAGCAACUUUGACCAACAACAGUCUGCAGGGUGGAGAGCCCAGGCUCCCACUUCACAGCAACAUACCCUUUGUGCAGCCUUUCAUUAGAUAAUGUCUUGUAGCUGGGCACAUAUAUUUUAAGACUUAUUUUCCUGUAAUCUGUGGUGGCUCUCAUCAAUCCUGGUCUGUGUGAUGUGAAUAUUUUUAAUGUCUUGUUACUUCAGAGUUGAGCUCUCUGCACCAAAAUGCUGCUUUUUAUGUUUUCCCAUGAGAUUAUUUUUAAAUAUAGAGGAUAUUUUACCAAAAUAUGGCACUGAAUGUUUAGCUGUCUGGUGCAAAUGAAAACUAUUUAUAGUGUGCUUGCUGUUUCUCUUAGGCUUAGUUUGUCUUUUUCUAUUUGGCACAGUGUGGCUGUUUUGUGAUAUUGUGUAUUAUUUAAGGUCCAGACUCUUCAAAUAAACUUUUUGCUAUUCA